AGCAACUAUUAAAGGUCAAGAAACGGGUUUCUAAAGCAAAAAAAGUUGUCUAUAUGUUUUUUAUCACUUCUAUAGUACUAUAAUAAUGAAUACUAAAAUUUAUUGCAUUAAUAAGCCGACCUUAUAUUACUGGCAUUUCCCUAGAAUGGGCGAUUUCCACGAUUAUUCAAAAAAUCCAGGAAUAUCAGUCAAGCAGGAACCACUAAACGAAUCCAGUAUCAUGAUGACUUCAGCAUCUGUACCAAUCCCUGUCCGGAGGGAUCCUCCUGAGUAUCGAGAUUAUAUUUUUGAGAGUGAUUCUCAAAACACUUGGUAUGGAAGUUUAGGUCUCUCAACAGAACCAGCUUUAUCCCCAACAAACACGUUUGACACUUACUGGGGCAACAAAAUCCUAGAAAAUGACCAACUAUUGCUGAAAUCUGAGGCUUUGAUCCAUAUGGACGAGGAUGACAUAUUCCAGGUGGAUAAAGCCGAUCUUAUCCAGGUUCUGGUUUUAGGACCUACACUCGCAGAACUGAAUGCAAACGAUGAGAACCUCCUCGGUGACCUGAACUUUGACGAUUUACUUUUACCAAAUAACCAGAGAUAUGCCACAUUGGAAAGCAACCAGUCAAAUAACCCGUAUGGCAACAGUUUCGGGGGGAAUUACGCCAAUAAUAACCAACUUCUUGGUGCCAUGUCCUCUUCCUGUCCUCAGGGUUUAAUGUUUUAUAAAGAAUUAGAACUGCCCUCGGGAGUUACAACGGCAAACUAUGACAUUAAUUCAAGAACUCCAGUGUCUGCACUAUCACCAGGUAGUCCCGCAAGUUCAAGUUCCUCAAUACUAAAUUCGCAACCUUCUCCGAAACAUAUACUAAACCUACAGCCUAAACAGAGUACUUUACACGAACUUCUUAUGAGAAAAGACAAGGUUGAGUCCUCGCCUGAGAGGUCAAUCUUAGGUCAAUCUGUACCAAACCGAAACGUAAAAGGUCUUCGAAAUCAAAUCCUCUCAACAUCUGCUCCCACGCACCUUGGACCGGAACAAAUGUCCUGGAGAGAACCUAGAAAACAUCUCUUAUCCACUAGUUCUUUAGCCGAAUGUGGCUCGACAUCCUCCCUAUCGACCGGACUAUUAAGUCCGGACCUUCAAGACUAUUCCCUCGACGAAUAUGAGAGCGAGGAAGAUAGCGACGGACAUUAUGAAGACUAUUCUACAGACAAUAAUUCGGACGAUGAUGAUGACCAUACUAAAGGUUCCAAAAAAGACAAAUGUUUUUGGCAGUAUAACAUACAAUCCAAGGGACCGAAAGGGCAACGAUUAGUGAUGAAAACAAAGUUAGAAGACCCUCAUGUUUUACAUGAGAUUACUGAUCCGGUGUUUAGUCCUGAUUGUUCUGUUAGAGGAAUAAAGCAUAGCGGUAAAGCUAGAAAAGGCGACGGAAACGAUUUAACACCAAACCCAAGAAAGUUGUUUAAUAUAGGAAAGGAGUUAGACAAGUUGGGUCGAAUAAUAAACGAUAUGACCCCAGUAAGUGAAUUACCAUUUAACGUUAGGCCUAUUUCGAGAAAAGAGAAAAAUAAACUCGCUUCGAGGGCGUGCAGGCUUAAGAAAAAGGCGCAACAUGAGGCUAACAAAAUCAAGUUAAACGGACUUGAAAAUGAACAUAGGAGAUUUUUAAAUACGAUCCAACAGCUCAAGCAAUUAGUUGCGAUAAAGUUGCAGGAGCCCGAUAAACGGGAGGAAUUAAACAGGAAUAUUGAGAAAAUGAGUAAAACUUGCCUGAAAAGUAAAGUUGCGGGCAACACCACCGACUACGUGAACAAAGUGCUAGAAAAAGUGAAAAACGGCAGCAGCGUUAACUCUGCCCUCUCAUCUAGUUUUACUGACGACCUAUAGACUGCGAAAUUUAAAACAUAUGAACAGAAGACAUUGUUUUUAUUAAGAGAAUCUCCGUGCUAAACGUCCCGAAACAGGUAAAAAUUAUGAAAAUGAUGGAUGUUUGCUAGUCUUUAUUGGAAAACUACAGGGUUUGAAAUUUUCGUGUUUUUUUUACGUGGCUGCUAAACGACUGAUUUAUUUCCCCCAUCGCCCCUCUCAUCCUCAAAAAAAAAUUAAGUACAAACCAAAAUCGGGUAUAAAAGCUUUAAAAAAGCAAAAAAAAAGUUACAUUUACCUCGUUUCAUUAAACAAAUGUUCCUAAAAAAUACAUACAUAUAGCGCAAUAGAAAAUAUGUUUAUUUUGCCAUUUAAAAAAAAAGGUAUUUCUGCAGCUUAGCCAUUUUUGGUUUUGGGCGGAUUUUUUUGUUAAAAUGUCUCAUUUUAGUGUAACACUUGGGGACGCAAUUCAAAGUUUAAUUCAUUCAAUUUCACCCGUUUUCAAAGCAUCGCUGUCACGGACCUUUGACAUAACAAUUAAUUAAGUACUAUUCAUAUAAAUAAAAUGAAUAUAUUUAUAUGCGUAUACAGUAAAAUAUAUGCCUACACAAACACAAUUUAAAACUCUAAAGAAACACAGCCUAAAAAUCAUUAAAAUUGUUGUUGAGGUUGUCUUCAAGUGCAUAGAAAGGUUUUUAACUAAAUAAUUUUUUUGCUUUUUUAUUAAAAGAUUGUUCGGUAAGCGUCAUUCACCUCUGUUGGUUGUUUCAAGCCUGCGAAAAUCCGGCAAAAUAUCCAAAUUGUGGGAGUAGAAUAUUGAUGUUUAUUACUGUCAGUUUGUUAAGAUCGUAUUUUUAAAAAUAAAAGUCAGACAUUGUAAUGGAAAUGUAAGAAUGCUAAGCUCAGAGAAACAGUUCCGACAACUAUCAUAGCAUGUAUGCAUAUGCGUUAUUAUCUAAAUAUUUUCUCUCCUUAUGGAAAGCGUUGACUCGAGAGAGUGUGGACUGGAGUGUAGUCCAGAUAAACAGAUCAGCACUGCAUAUGCCAUAUAUAUAUAUAAUACAUAUAUAACAGCUAAAGUAACAGCAAAAUUUCUAAAGUCAGCCCUGAAUAGGUUUUUUUAUGAGGAAGGCUACUUUAAUUUAUUAGAGGUCAGUUUAAUUAUGUGCCUUUCCCAGGUGAGUUCAGAGUCAAGAAAUAUACCCAAAAACUUCACACAUUCAUCCUGUGGCAGAUCUUUUUCAGUUUUGAGAACUGAAAAGUUGAGAUGUUCAGUUUUAAUACGAUUUAAAUAAUAAUAAAAUAAAAAUGCCUUUAUUUUAAACUCGGCAAAGAUCAGCUAACUGAACCGAGCAUUCAGAAAGAUACAUUUUAGUUCUUUCAUAGACAAAAUUGAAACGUGUUCCACGAGAGUAAAUCUGAUUUCUCCCACAUAAUUUUUCAACCAGAUAUGAGGGGCUUUCAGUUUUGACCAUUUAUUAUCGUUGGCAGAUUAAAUGUAAGAGUUCUGCACUUUUUGAAGUUUAUUCUUAGUAAAUCAUAUACAAAGUUACAAUAGGGGAGAGUGGUACACAAUGACACAAUUUUUAGUAAAUCCACUCUAGUGUGCGAUUUUAACGUUUCAAAAAUCUGCAUUUAAGAUGUCGUUAUGCGUAUAUAUAUUCCUAUAAAAUUUAACAGUUACAAUAAAAAAACACAAUUAAUUACAUAGAAAUUUUUUUAAAUAUUUAUUUCUGCAUUUGUAUCAAUGUGUACCGCUAGUGGUACAGUUUGAAACAUAAAGUAGUUUACAAUGAAACACAUUGGAAUAAAUAUAUUAUUACAAAAAAUCUUUAUGUAUUUACGUUUAUAUCAGCGUACAAUCAUAUUGUUAAACUCUAAUCCAAAUUUAUAAUAAGAAUAAAGCGUUUUGUUCUUUGUAUUUAUAGGUUUCGGUAAUAACAUAACGAAAUCCGAUUUCAGUCCCAUAUGAAUAUCAGAAACAUCCGGAAAGUAAAAUGAAUUGGAAACCUUAGCACUUCUUCUUAAAUAUGAAAUUUUAAACUCAUUAGAAUUUAUGACUUCCAAAAUUUUAGCGACAUAGUGGAUGUUAUUUUCAAAUUUCACUAAUACAAAUGAGUCUUCUAAAAUUGCAGUUGUUUCGGUAAUUGCAGUAAUCGUGUCAUCUUUCUGUUCCUCCAUCAUAUGAUAUUGGAGAUCAGCUAAGGUUAAUUCAUCAUCCGAAGAGUCCGCUAACUGUAACUCUGAACUUUCAGAUUCCGUUUCUGAUUCACUCUCACUUGUCUUUUUCUUUUUACUUUGUACGUCCUUUUUAUACUCUUUCUUGUCUACCUUCUUAAUAAACUUUCGAAACUAUCGAAAUAAACUUUCGAUAUAUUUCGCUUUAUUUUUGUCACUGUCUUAAUAUUUGGGAUUUUAUUUUUUUCUUUUUUUUUUUUUUUAGAUUUUGUUUUGUAAGAAAGCUCUUUCAUUUCCGGCGUGCUGGUUAAAAUAACACUUUUCUUCGAUUUCCGUGUUCGAUUUGAAUUUUCCUGGGCGCAGCCUUUGGAGAUCCUCGAAACUCAAAUGGCGUAGUAAAGGAACUCCCUGAUGUCGACGCUAUUUCAAACGUUGAGUUUUCCUCAUCUAGUCCACAUUCCCUAAUUUUCCUUGCACUAGAUAAAUCAGCGGUGGAUGCUUGUUGACGAUAUAUCAUUAAUAAUGGUAGCUUGUAUUACCACCAUUCCUUUUUGUGUAUCGUCGUUUUCUAAAUCAUCUUUUUGUCUGUCAGUAACCGAGGAUGAAAGAAAAUCAGCUUCCAUAAAAAUAUUUUUGUUAAACGGGUAGAUUCCUGUAGAUUUGAAACCGUUUAUAAUAUUUUCAGGAGUCAUAGAUUUUGAGUGAGCUAUACCGACACAUUCUGCAUUUUGGUAUAAUGUCAUAGGAACUACAGGAUGGUUAAGAAGCCUCGAAUCAAUUGCACUGUUGUAAAAAUUUUUGAAAGAAAAAAAUACUGACUUAUCUAAAGGCUGCAUCUUGUUGCUUGUGUGUGGAGGUAGGGUUAAAAUGAUUAUGCCAUUCGAUUUUGCUUUUUCUGCUAUCUCCAAAGACAUAUGUGUUUCGUGAUUGUCGUAUAUUAAUAGACAUGGAUUUUCUUUCGUAGUAGAAGUAUACUUAAUAAAAUGAUCUAUUACUUGGGUGAAAAGGUCUGCGGUCAUCCAGCCACUUGGAUUGGUUAAUCCCAACGUUCCUGGCGGUGCUCCAUUUAACAUGAGGUUGAUAAAUUUUUUACCUGGGAAAAUAAUUACUGGCGGUAGAAAUGUUCCAUCUGCUCGAAUUAUUGCACAAGUAGUAGCUAGUAAUCCGCUUUCAGCACUUGUGCACUGGUUUAACUGCUUAACCCCUUUUUGCGCUACUAUUUUAUGAGGCCGCUGGACGGUUGUUGUAGCCGUUUCAUCUAAAUUAUAUAUUAUUCGGAUAUCGUGAACAACUGAUGGAUGUUUUUUAUAUAUUUGCUCUAAAUGUGAACAUUAGGUUUCGUAAAAGAAGUAAGCCUCGAUAGAGAGCAAGCUUCGGGCCUUCUAAUGCUUAAGGAUAGAUUUCUCAUUAUAAAAGCCCGUAACCAAUCUUUGCUUGCGCACUUAUUAGUUUUCCAAGAUUCUGGCAUAGUAGUAUUGUUUUUAGCAGCCAUUUCGUUUCAAUUGUCUAACUUUUAGGGUAUUUAAUCCGUAUGCCAUUUGGCUGCAGUUCUUGAUGUAAGCACAUAUAAUCUUUUCCUGCUCUGAGGUAAAUACUAAUCGAACAGCAUAAUUUGGCUCCAUCUUGGCUUUAGGGUCAUUUUUCUCUUUCAUCACAUAUCGCCUUAAUGUGCUAAAGUUUAUGUCAAACAUCUCUGCAGCAACGCGAAGUGAAGUUCCAUUUCUUUUCACCUCUUGGACGGCUGCCGUCAUUUGUUCGCUUGUAAAUUUGGCUCUUGUUCGUUCUUUCUUCUUUUUUACCAUGGUAUACCAGCAAUAAAAAAAACGACAGUAUAGAAUGAUCAUAAUGGUACACAAUGAAACACGUAUCAUUGUGUACUACCUGCAUGUGUUUCAAUGUGUACUACCGCAUGCUUUAAAUUUCAAUUCAAUGUAAAUGCGAAGCCUGAAAAAUUUUGGCCCCAAUAUUUAUAGGUUAAAACUUAUACAUCACAAGAUGUAUAAGUAAAAUGACAUAUUAAUAAAAACUAAAUCUAUUUAUUUGAAGGUAACAUACCUUUCUAUGUUCGAUCCUCUUUUCGAUAUUUAUCCACAAGAAAACAGAAAACGCUCCGUAAAAUCUUUGUUGGUCGGCAUACGAAAACUAACUAAUGGUGGGCGGUGGCUAGUGAAAUUGUGGCGGCAAAUUUAGACGAGUUAAUAGCAGUGUUUCAUUGUGUACUAUGUGUCAAUGUGUACCACUCUCCCCUAAUUAACCAGUGCUUCGCAGAGAACUUUCUUUAGCUUAAAGUUAAGAAUAUCUUUACUCUUGUAAAUGCUGCGAAAAUUAUAAUAGACUUUUUGAAGAAGCCUAGACACAUGAAAUUUGUAUGUUCCUCAAGAACUGAUAUUGCCGUUCAUUAUUAUAACAAUCUUAUGAGACGCCCAAUAUUUAGCUGAUCUAAAGUAGAUUAUGGCAGAUUUAUUGGGAUUCAAUUUUAACCUUCAUACAUUCAUUAAACCUAUAUGAUACACAGUCAAAUGCCUUUGUCAGGCCAAAGAAUGUGUCAAAGUCAUUUUCCAAGCUAUUCGAUGCAAAAUCCACCAAACUCUCAAUGGCCAAUAUACUAGAUUUAUUGCUUUUGAUCCCAAACUGCCCUUGCAUAAGGAGACUUAUAUUUUUAAAGUAGUGGUACAUUUGAUCCCUCAAAAGUGACUCAAAGUUAUUUAAGAAUAUUGGUAGCAUUUAAAUAUUGCGAUAGUUUGACACCUUUUCGACCGAUCCCUUGAUUUUUAUAUUAUCAUUCCGUGAGCAUCCCAAAAUACGGAAUAAAAUGUAUCUAUGGAAAGAAUAUCUAUGAAAACAUCUUUACAAUCUGGCAACUUUGUACUUAUUACUUUGAUUCUCCUAACUAAAUUGCGUCAAAAAUUUGAUUCUUAAUUAAAAAGGUGAAUGUUCAUUAUAAAGCAUUUAUAUUUAUUUCAAUCACUAGUAAUAGUCAAAAAGGUUCAAUUUAAUUCCAUACUAAUUUUUUUUUUAACAAAAAGGAACCUAAGCUGCAGAACUACCUAAAAAAAAUAGGUUUGGUGCAGUAUCGAUAAAAUAAACCGUUUUGGCCAUAAUAUUUUUUAUAAACCGUGUAUAUAAAUAUAUAUAUAUAUAUAAUUUUAGUUUAUAAUAUUUUGUUAUUAUUAUUGGUGCGAUUUAUACCAUCAGACGUGUUAAUUAGUCAGUAUAAGAGGUUUUAGGUCGGCACCUUAUAUAUUUUUAUGUAAAAUAAGCGGUAUUUUACUUGGCCCUAAGUUUGCCUUUGGUCGGUUUUUUUUCUUUAGGCCAAUCAGGCGCGGAAAUGAAAUUUUAAAAAUUACACCUCGCGCCUCUAAAUUACACUACAAAGAAGAAAUACGUUAUACUCAAAAGUUUAGCUAUAUUUCGAACCAUAUGUCUUGCUAGUCUAGCUUUGUUAAACCUAGUUUUUAAGUAGAUUCUUUAAGUUGGGUAGGUUAUUUUACUGUCCUUGAUUUUUAGUCGGAGAGUAGCAAAUUAAGGUGAAAUUUCCCCUUUAUUUCUUGAGAAUUGACGGAUUUUCUUUAGUUUGGUUUGUAAUUACUCCAGCAAGCAUGUCAUCUCUAUUGAAACGCUUAAAUGACAUUUAUAAAUUCUAAAACGAUAGGGUAGAGUUGGGACAGAUGACGCACCUUUUUUUGUUGCGUGAUAAAGUUUAUAGUUCUAACAUUGGGAGACAGUAAAUAAAAACCACAUUUAAAUGUUUAAGUUUAUAUGUGAAAAAUGUAUUAUUUGGAUUCAAUAAAUCAGGUUUCCCCGUCAAUAACAUUUUUUUCCUUAUUAUGUAUUUGGCAAUCUCACCCAUCCUAUAUGGAUGUGUUGACGCCGACCGGGUGGGUGUUAUUGCUUAUGAGCUUUAUACAUAAUUAAAAAAAAAGUGAAAAAUGCGUAAGAAAAAUGUAAGUAUUAAGCUCACAUUAAAUAUAGGUAGCUUACAUAAAAUAAAAAAAGUAACAGAAAGAUUUCUAGAUAAUAUGAAUUAAAUAUUAACAUGGCUAUUUUUUAAAAACUAGUUUAGCACAUAACAUGCAAUGUUGUUCAUAUGAGGUGCAGGAAAAGGCAUGAACCCAUCUCUCACAUUUAACACAUUUUAUCAAGUUUACCUACAGUGGUUGUUUGGUCGUACUUUUCUAAGCAACCAACACAUUCAUUCUCAUCAAAAAUCUCGUCAUCGGUGGAAUCAUUAAUUGAAAAAUCAUCAUCAUUAUCUGAUGAUGACGACUGACUUUCAACUAAUUUGCGUUUGGCAGAAUUAAGAGCACUCACGCGAGAAAGUGAGAGUGCUUUUUGUUGGUUUUGCUUCUGUUUUUCUAAUUUUUUGGCUUCAAGCUCUAGUUUUUUGAAGUCAAAAUGUUGAUAGGGCUAGUUAGGUCUUGGGCAGACUGUUUUCUUCUUUUUGGAUUCUUUGAAGCUACGAUCUUGGGAACAGGAGAAAGAUCUUCUAAAAUCUUUGAAGGUGUCCAAUCUGAUGUACAAGCGACAGGCACUGCAGAAUGAUUAUCCAAUGUCUUAAGAGGGGAAGAGUUUGAACUUGUCAAUACUACAUUGGGUGUUAAUGUGGAUUGAUAAGGACCAGGUUCUGAGCGUUCACUUGGUAAAUGUUGAGAAGGUAAUUCAUUUUCCUCGGCAGAAAGAAAAGCAUGAUCUGGGAUAGCAGAUGGUUUCAAGGGGUAAAUUCCUGUAGCACAAAAUCCUGAUAUUCCAAUCUCAGUUGUUGCUGCACGUGUCCAAGAAUCUGCAAGAAGUUUCCCAAAAUGUCUGCGUUCAAUACGUUUGCCUGGAUUUGCCCUUAUAAAUUCAUCACAUGCACGUUUAAAGUAACUUUUCAGUGGCUUAAAAAAAGAGCGAUCAAGGGGUUGUAAAAAAUGGGUAGUAUGGCUGGGCAGACACAAUAAUAAAAUGUCAUUAUCCAGGGCAGUUUCUAUAUUUCAUAGAAGUUCAUAUGAGAACCAUGACCAUCUAAAAUCAGGAGACACUUUCCAGCUGGCUUCCUGGGUAUGAAGUGAUUUGUUAGCCAAUCCAUGAACAGCUCUUCACAAAUAUAAGCAGACUUUUUUCUCAUUUUAAUUAUGGCUCCGGGCGGCAUAUUUUCUUCCCAAACUUGUUGCUUGUUCACCCCCUUAAAAAUACAAUAUUACAGCAAGCCACAAGAGUUAUAGUCUCUCCUCUUUCUUGACUUUUAAUAACAUGAAUAUCUUACCAUACUUCCUUAUCAUACUUCCUUUUGCAGCGAUAACUUUUCCAGGAUCAUUGUUAAGCUGCAAGCCACUUUCAUCCAUAUUAAAAAUAUUCAAAGGCUUAUUUAGCAAAUCAUUAUCUGUUAAAAUUUUUGAUAAUAAUUGAAAAUAAUUAUUAACCUCUUCUUUAUUUAGCCCUUGAGCUCUUGCUAAAGAGACGCCCUUUGUUUUUCUUAUAGAAAGGCUCUUAUUUCGAUUUCAAAAAAGUUUCAACCAAUCUUUUCCGGCCAUAUGGGCUUGUGUAUUGAACCUACUUUCGAUACCCAACGAUUUUGCUAAAUUGUAGGAUAAAAUUCUAACAGUUGUUCUUGUUGGUGCAAAUCCAGAAUUCUGUAGCUUUUUAAUAUGCUCACAAAGCUUUUUUUCAACAUCCUCCCCCAAAAGUGAUUUUCCACCCAUUCCACCCUUCUUAAAAUCGUUUUUGUGCAUUCUAAAUCUUAGCGUUCUUUCAGGAAUAUUAUUUUCUCUUGCAGCCUGUCUUAUUGAAACGUUUCUGACUCUUACAGCUUCUACAGCUUUUAGCAUUCUGCUGUCCAUUUGCCCCUUGAACUUUUUCUAGGACCGUAAAAUGUUGGCAUUUUGAAGGAUCUGAAAAUAAACAUUGGCUUAAAAAAGUAAAAAAUUUUUUAUAAAUUAUGCGUCAUCUAUCCCAGAUGUGUGGGAGAGAUAACGCACCUAUAUUAUUCUAUAUGUUAUGAAGUAAACGCACUCGCCUUAAUAUAAGCACGUUACUAACAUAACCUAGUUUUUCCUACGUCAAGUAUUUUUUUUGGUUAUGUACGAACUUUGGUUAAAAUAAAAUAUUUUUUAACAUGUUCCGAAACUUCGUGAUACUUACAAAUUAGAAAAAUUAUACUGCACCUAUAUUUUAACGUCUUUUUAUACGAAAAAACAAGAGAAACCGAAAACAGUACCAGCUUUACCACAUGGCGUGCACGACUAAUAAAUUGGGUAUGGUUACACCAUAAUUUUGGCUCUGCGUCAUCUGUCCCGGCGCGUCAUCUCUCCCGACUUUACCCUAUUGAAUUUUAAUGAUGAACUACUUAAAGGUCUAUUGCUUUAAGAGGAAAAUUAAUAGAAAACGUUGCUACCAUCUAUAGGAAAAUAUUGAAAAUUUGGCUUCAUGGCAGGGUCUUUGAAGGACGAAUUGUCAAAUUUUCAAUAUUUUUCCAUUUUCAUUCCCUAAUGCAGGAUCCGGAGAACCACCUUGCAUUAUUAUUCUUAAUUAUCCUGUGUUUUAUAAUAUUCAACAUAUUCACAUUUUAUUGCAAUAUUAUUGAGGAAAAGACCUGGAGCUACAUCGCUAAGAAUUUUAUGAUUUUAAACUCAAAAUCUACAGUUACAUGUUUUGGACUAUAAGAACAUCAUCAGACCUACAAUAAUUCAUGUUUAAGGCUAAAAACCAUUAGAUGACUGACAUUUUACUUGUAGUCUUUGUUAUUGUUAUGACAAGAAGUUUUUUGCUGGUGAGAGUUUUACUCUUUUGGUAUGAGAAAUGGUUUUAUGUUUGAAAUAUGAAUUACUACAGGUAUGAUGAUAGGAGAUGAUCUUAUAGGGCGCAACUUGUAAUCCAUACGGUAUCUUUAGGAAAAUAGAUGAUUGCUGGAGUUGGAGGGUAGAGCAAAACCUUUUUUUUUUGUUAAAAUUAAAUUCCUAAAGAUAUGAACAUAGACCCAUAUUUGCCAUAAAAUGAAAUUUUCUGAUUUUUAUCCAUCCAUAGUUUGAAGCCAGUUUGCUACUUUCCCCAAACAUUCAAAAAAAAACAAUUUUUAUUUUACAAAUAUUGUGUUCAUUUUGUGAUAAAUAUGAAACUAAUUUAGUGAUAAAAUUAGAGCUGGGCUCUUAACAAAAUUCUUGCUCUAAAAUUGCAGGAUUAAAAAUCUUUUUUUUUUCUUUAUUUAUAUUUUAUUCAUACAAUAUUCGAGUAUAUAUAACUUUGAAUGUAUGAUAUUAAACCCGAAACUAUUUUUUGGUGAAUCACUUGCUUUAAUUUUGCUAUUCAAAAAAAGUCGAGAUACAUCACCUAAAAGCAUGUUUAGUGCCAACCCAUUACAGCAUUUCCAAAGAAGCAAAAUUAAUUAUUUUUAUGGCUAUGUGAAAUGUACUUUGACAAGGGAAAUUAGUAAAAAAAAUUACCUUUUUGUGGCUGAAAUAAAUUCCAUCUUUGGGUAUUAUAGUUGUUUUGGACCUUAAGAGAUCUAUUUAGUUUUCUUCACCAAAAAAAAAAAUAGUUUCGUGUAAAACUGGCUGUGCGAACGAUAGUGAUAAGGUGUUUUAAUUUCUUUAAGUCUAAGUCUAGUUUGGUUAUUGUUUAAUUGCCAAGUAAAAUACAUUAUAGAGAUUGUAAAAUAUUAUAUUUGUACCGUUAUUUAUUAGACUUUAAUGUAAUAGUUUUUUUUUUGUAAGGGGAUACACGUUUCAUUGUGCCUUAAUUUUUCUGUUCUUUGGUUUAGUCAUGUAGUUUUUAGUUUCGUUUUGCCGAAACAACCAUAACAAUUAAAAAAAUAAUACAUCUAUUCUUGUAAUACGAUAUUUUUGCUAUAAGUGAAUCAUAGUUAGUGUAUAAUAAGUAAUUUUUUUUAAUUUACAAUGGUAUUUCUUAAACUUUGCUUUAUACAGUGUGUUUUAUUAAGAACUGCUCUCAUAUGUGGGCUGAAACAGCAAAAUACAACUAAACAAGAAUUAAAAUACACUGUAUGGCACCUCAUUUAUUCACCAAAUUUUGUUUUUAUAAUUAUCUAAAUUUGUUUCGACAUAUUGCAAUAUUUUGUUUGUUAUGCUGAAUUGUUAAUAUUUUUUUCGUUAGCCUUUUGUAUACUGUUAAAAAUGCGAUAAUUUUUUAAGUUUUUAUUAUGUAUUUGUAUAAUGUUUGUCUCAAUAUUAAAUGGAAAUUAUUUUACA